AUGGGCAAAAAAAAGAAAGAUUUCCCUAAAAUUAAGCUGAAAGUUGGAAAAAAAUUGAAGAAAACUACUGCAACUGAUACACGAAUUCAGUCCAAAAAAGUUGUACUUGUUGAACAGUUAACGAAAAGUGACAACCAUUGCUUAUCACAUCGUGGCUUAUCGCUAGAAGAACUAUGUCGUCAACUUGGUCAUUAUAAUUUAAAUAUCAGACGAGAUUCAGUAAUUGGUGUAAAGCAGUUACUUUCUUCACAUCCGGAACUCAUAUCGAAGUAUUUGCAUGUAUUAAUACCAGCUGUCGGACGUCUAAUCGCAUGUGAUAAGAGCGAUUCAUCAUUUCAUGCUCAGCUACGUAGUCUUCUGGAAUUAUUAUGCACAACGAAUGCUUCGACGAUUUCAUCCCAUUUCACUCUGUUAAUGGCUCAUACUCUUCGAGCUUUAACACAUCUCAGAAUGGGGGUACGAAUUUAUGCGCUUACCAUUUUAACGCUCAUAAUGCGAACUUAUCCUGGUCUUUGUCGAAAUAGUACCGAUUUAUUCGAUUCAUUCGUGGAAUUUCUGAAUAGUAAGAGAAUUCCAGCAAACAAAAAGUUGUUACUAGAUGGUGUUCAUGCUUUCCUGCAAGCUUUUUUGGUAGAGGAAUGUGCGACAAUUGGACCUCUUCAUGUUGCAUCGUUUAGCAUUCGUAAUAAGCAUCAUACCAAUAUUAACUUAGCUUCAACCACUCAUCCUUUGAUUGAUUUUUGUGUGCUUGGUUCACAGCCACAACAAUCGUCAAAGUCAUCACUUUAUUCACCUGAAAAAUUUCUCUUAGCACUUUCUGGAAUUGUUUCACUAUUUCUAAUGAGUGCAUCAGAAGAAGAUUCUUCUGCUAAUGAAAAAGAGUGGGCGGAAAUAUUUGGAGUGUUAAAUAAAGUAUUAUUACAAAUUCGUGCUUCGUCUCAAACUACUCAGUUCGAAGAAGAAUUAAAAAAAAUAUUGUCCGGUAUCAACUCUUUACUGAAAAAAGGAAACCUAUCGCAGAGAAUACACACUUUACUGCAUAAGCUGAAUUUGCCUAAUGAUCGAUUAAUUCGAAAGCGUCAAAAAAUGAUCAGUGAUUCUCAAUUGCCAUCAUUAGGAAUGUGCAGUACUACAAUUAUUCCAUAA